GUUUCUCCCUUCUGAGGAGCUGGAUACAGUGCCUUUGCUGAAGAGUUGCACAUGCUGGAGUUGCCUGUCCCCCUGAUGUGUUCCGGGAUGGCAACCAGGUGACGACAGUUGAGGAUGACCCUGACUGAAAAACUGCGCGAGAGGAUAUCGCGGGCGUUCUACAACCACGGGCUCCUGUGUGCUUCCUACCCCAUCCCCAUCAUCCUCUUCACAGGGCUCUGCAUUCUGGCCUGCUGUUACCCGCUGCUGAAACUGCCGCUGCCUGGCACGGGCCCUGUGGAGUACAGCACCCCCGUGAAGGAUUAUUCCCCACCUUCUCCGGAGGCGGCUCUGCAGCAAGGGGAUCUGGGCGAGCGUCCCGACUGGUACGUCGGUGCUCCCGUGGCCUACAUCCAGCAGAUCUUUGUGAAGGCCACCGUCUCCCCGUGGCAGAAGAACUUCCUCGCCGUCGAUGUGUUUCGUUCACCCCUCUCCCGCGUCUUCCAGCUGGUGGAGGAGAUCAGAAACCAUGCCCUGAGAGACAGUUCUGGUGUCAAAAGCCUGGAGGAAGUUUGCCUUCAGGUAACGGAUCUUCUGCCUGGCCUCAAGAAGCUGCGGAAUCUGCUCCCCGAGCACGGCUGUCUGCUGCUGUCUCCAGGCAACUUCUGGCAGAACGACCGCGAGCGAUUCAAUGCUGACCCAGAUAUCAUCAAAACCAUCCACCAGCAUGAACCAAAGACAUUACAAACGUCGGCCACUCUCAAAGAUCUGUUGUUUGGACUCCCCGGGAAGUACAGCGGGGUGAACCUCUACAAUCGGAAGCGCGUGGUGUCAUACACUGUCACACUGGGGCUCCAGCGAUACGAUGCCAGGUUCCUCAGCAGCCUCCGCUCUCGCCUCAAGCUGCUGCAUCCCAGCCCCAACUGCACGCUGCGAGAGGAGAACAUCGUUCACGUCCACUUCAAGGAGGAGAUCGGCAUCGCCGAGCUGAUACCCCUCGUCACCACCUACAUUAUACUCUUUGCUUACAUCUACUUCUCCACACGGAAGAUCGACAUGGUGAAGUCGAAGUGGGGCCUGGCCCUGGCAGCGGUGGUGACGGUGCUCAGCUCGCUCCUCAUGUCCGUCGGGCUGUGCACGCUCUUUGGUUUGACGCCUACUCUUAACGGAGGAGAGAUAUUUCCAUACUUGGUUGUAGUCAUUGGCUUAGAGAACGUGUUAGUUCUCACCAAGUCCGUUGUCUCUACGCCCGUUGACCUGGAAGUGAAGCUACGCAUUGCCCAAGGUUUGAGCAACGAGAGCUGGUCCAUUAUGAAGAACAUGGCGACAGAGCUUGGGAUCAUCUUGAUCGGGUAUUUCACCCUCGUCCCGGCCAUCCAGGAGUUCUGCCUCUUCGCUGUGGUGGGCCUGGUGUCUGACUUCUUCCUGCAGAUGUUUUUCUUCACGACCGUGCUCUCCAUUGACAUCCGCCGUAUGGAGCUCGCCGAUCUCAACAGACGGUUGCCAGCAGAAGCCUGUUUGCCCCCGGCCAAGCCUGUCAGCCGCUCGCAGCGCUACGAACGCCAGCCGGCCAUGCGGCCCGCCACCCCCCACACCAUCACCCUCCAGCCCUCCUCCUUCAGGAACCUGCGCCUGCCAAAGAGGCUGCGGGUGAUUUAUUUCUUUGCCAGGACCCGCUUGGCCCAGAGACUCAUCAUGGCCGGGACGGUGAUCUGGAUCGGAAUCCUGGUUUACACGGAUCCUGCUGGUCUCCGCACCUACCUCACGUCCCAGGUCACCGAACAAAGCCCUUUGGGUGAAGCAGGUCUGCCUCCCAUGCCUGUUCCUGGAGGGGUCCUGCCUGCUGGGGACCCCAAGAUUGAUCUCUCAGUCUUCCCGUCGGACCCCAUCCAGCUGUCGGAGAACCAGACGCAGCAGCGGGAGCAGAAGUCGGGGCUGGAGACAAACCAGCAGAGCUGGGCCCAGGGACCAGAGGGCAAAGGGAACGGACAGACGGAGCUCGGGACGGAAGCGGAGGUUACCUGGGGAGCAGAGGAUGAGGAGAUCUGGAGGAAACUUUCCUUCAGACACUGGCCCUCCCUCUUCAGCUACUACAAUAUCACUCUGGCCAAAAGAUACAUCAGCAUCCUUCCAGCAAUCCCUGUCACGCUCUACCUGAACCCACAAGAGGCCUUAGAAGUGCGGCAUCCCCAGGAGGCCAACCGCUACCACCCCUUCUUAUCUUCCACGGGGGGGAAGCUGGAUGCUGGAGCUCAGCCUGACCAAGCCUCAUCCAAGCUGCAGGGACACCAGGAUGUCACCCUGUACAAGGUGGCAGCUCUGGGUCUGGCCUCGGGCAUUAUCCUGGUCCUGCUGCUCUUCUGCCUCUACAGGGUGUUCUGCCCCAAAAACUACGGGCAGAACGGGCUCUCUCACGGCAGGAGGAAGAGGGGGGACCUGCCCUGCGACGAUUACGGCUACUCCCCUCCCGAGACAGAGAUCGUCCCCCUGGUGCUCAGGGGUCACCUCAUGGACAUCGAGUGCCUGGCGAGUGACGGGAUGCUGCUGGUCAGCUGCUGCCUGGUGGGACAGAUCCGCGUGUGGGACGCUCAGACCGGCGACUGCCUCACCGUUAUUCCCAAACCCAGGUUGCGAAGGGACAGCAGCGGCAUUUUUGAUUACCAGGAGAGCUGGGAUCACAGUCCUGACGGCAAAAACGGUCUGGAUGACUCCUUUGAGAACAGUCACCAGCUCAAGAGGAUGCUCGGCCCUCCCCAACCUCCCCUUUUCUGCGACCAGCCCGACCUCACCUCUCUCAUCGACACCAACUUCUCCGAGCAGGUGAAGGUGGCCGAGUCGGAGACGCGGCUCCGCUCCGUGGGCAAUCGCCAGAAGGAGAGCGGCUACGACUUCAGCAGCCUGGUGGGGAAAGUGUAUGAAGAACACAGCUCCUCCAACUGCGUGAGCUUCCCCGGGCUCUCAGCCCCACAUGGACAGGCUGGGUUCUGCGUGGGGGGCGGCAGCCCCCGCUCCCUGGGCUGCGGGACCGAGGAGGGAGGCUGCGGCGGCCGCCGGAGGAGCCUGGGGGAUGAGUCUUUGACGGGAUUUGACAAAUCGUCGCCGCUUCCUUCCUGGGGAGGAGACUUGGAGAGCUCUGUCUGGAGCCUGGACCUCCAGGGGAACCUGAUUGUGGCCGGUCGGAGUAACGGGAAGCUGGAGGUCUGGGACGCCAUCGAGGGGACCCUCCGUUGCAGUAACGAUGAAAGUCAAUCUGGCAUCACCGCCCUCGUCUUCCUCAACAACAGGAUCGUGGCUGCGCGGCUGAACGGCUCUUUGGAUUUCUUUUCUCUGGAGACACACACGUCCCUGAACCACCUGCAGUUCCGAGGAGCCCCGAGCAGAAGCAGCAUCCCCUCCUCGCCCGUCUUCAGCAGCAGUGACGUGGUCACGUGUCAGCUCACCCACACCGUGUCCUGCGCCCACCAGAAGCCCAUCACGGCGCUGAAGGCCGCGGCGGGACGGCUGGUCACCGGCAGCCAGGACCACACGCUCAGAGUGUUUCGGCUGGAGGACUCGUGCUGUUUGUUCACGCUGCAGGGUCACUCGGGAGCCAUCACCGCUGUCUACAUCGACCAGACCAUGGUGUUGGCCAGCGGCGGGCAGGACGGUGCCAUCUGCCUUUGGGACGUGCUGACGGGGAGCAAGGUGAGCCACAUGUACGCCCACCGAGGGGACGUCACCUCCCUCACCUGCACCACCUCCUGCGUCAUCAGCAGCGGCUUGGACGACGUCAUCAGCAUCUGGGACCGCAGCUCCGGGAUCAAGCUCUAUUCCAUCCAGCAGGAGAUGGGCUGUGGCUCCAGCCUGGGUGUCAUCUCCGACAACCUGCUGGUGACGGGGGGCCAGGGCUGCGUCUCCUUCUGGGACAUCGGCUACGGGGACCUCCUGCAGACCGUCUACCUGGGGAAGAGCAACGAGUCGCAGCCCGCCCGCCAGAUCCUGGUGCUGGAGAACGCCGCCAUCGUCUGCAACUUCGGCAGCGAGCUCAGCCUGGUCUACGUGCCCUCCGUGCUGGAGAAGUUGGACUGAGGAGGAAGAGGAGGAGGAGGAGCCAGGGGCUGAGCGAGGAAGGUGGGAACGGGGCACCCCUUCCCCGUGACGAGGAGGUGGGUGAAGAGAUGGGGACACCAGCUCCAUCACCUGUGUCAUCUCCCCUCCUCCUACACUGGACUCUUGUCACCCUGCGUGGCCCGAGCCUUCCUCUUCACCCUGAGCCUUCCUCUUCACCCCCGUUUCCAGCAUCUGGGGGUGCCCUGGGGCUGAGACAGGAGAUGGGGACAACACGUGGUGGCCUCCUGGGGGGUGAGGGAGCGAUGGCAGCGGCCGCUGGAGGAGCUCGGUGCCUUGCCCGCUCCGGGGGGCACCCAGCCCAGCCCGGCAGCGAGCCCCGGGCCUGCGCGGAGCCGCCGGGGGCCACCAGCCCAGGAGUCAGUCCCUGGGGGAGGGACGGGGCUGAGCCCCCCCCCGGGGGGACACUGUCCUUCGGCCUCCGCGUGCCUUAGAGCGCGGGGGGCUCGGUGCCGCGGCGGUCCCUGCCCUAUUUAUUUAUAUGCUGUAUAUAUUUAUUUAUUCUGGCAGGAGAGCGCGGGGGCUCCACCAACCCGCCGUGGCUGAGCCCCCCCCACACCCUUCCCUGCCUUCCUCCUCCUCCUCCUCCUCCUCCGCUCCCUUUGCAGCAAUAGCACCUUCCUCCUCAUCCUCCUCCUCUUCCUCUUCCCGCUGCGGGGGCCGGAGGAGGCUUUUCUCAGGUUGGGAGGGGGCGGGUGGUCCUUGCCCCCACCCUCCCUGAGGGAAAAGGGGAGAAGGUCCUUUGGGGCAAAGUUGGGGGUUGGGGGGGACACAGCCCCAUUGAUUGGGGGGGGCAACGGGGAGGGUUUGGGGUGUCUCCCCCCAGGGCCGCCCCCAUCCCCCAGCGCUCUCCUCCCUCAAGGAACCGCCGAUGACGUCUGUUAAUUGAACCCUGGUGAUUGUAGGGGAGUUCCCCCCCCAAAAAAGAGGGACCUGAGGCCGGGGGAGGUGGGGGGGCUCCCCGGGGAGCUGUGGGGCAGCCCCCUCCCUGCUGUCCCCCCCCCAGCCCCGGGUGGCCUUAGCCCAGCUGUACGCUCUGUGCCGUACCGGGCACGCUUUUUGUACCGGAUCGUGUUUUAUAACGUGUGUGAGGAA